CAAAUCAUUUCAAACUCGGUUAGUCCGUGUAUGUCAAAACGAUUUGAGCUUUUAUUCCUACACCGAAAUACCUUUGACUUGCUUUUACGGCAAUGACCAGCUCGAAUACAAUUUAGCUCAAACCGCCAUGUUUGUCCCCCACACAUUGUAUCACUUUCAAAACCUCCACGAAAACUCUACCUAUAACACGAAUCCCGACACUGAUUGGGCUCUCUACAUAGCCAUGAGUAGCAAUUAUCCUAAUUUUUAUUCCGACUCUCCCAAUCCCUCCCUGGGCACGGCUCUGUGCGUUUAUCCUAUUCAGGAGAUUGUUAGCAGUUUUACUGAAGCCAUCAAGAGAUGUUUCGAAGGUCUGGGUCAACACAUCCCCUGGAUAGUUGGUGUCGAGGAAGGUUGUAUCAAAGAAGAGAAAAAUAUAACCGAUAACUUUUGCGGUUCGGCUAUAAACUUUCCUAUUCACACGCAUUUAGACCUAUUUGCCCAAACAUCGUACCGUUUUGAGGGUAUAAUAAGUUCCUUAGCUAUCCAUAAAUACAAGUAUUAUUCUCUCAACAAUAAGAAAAUGAAUACCAACUCGAACCUCAAUAUAGCAUUUAUAGGCACUAACACCGGUUUAAUUAAAAAGGUAUUAUUGACUCCGGAUACCGCAUUUACACUAAACUCCGUCGAUCUUUAUGAAUCUUCAUCAUAUCAAAAUCGUAGAACCUCAAAAUCUUCUCCUGUCGUUGAUAAAAGUAUUAAGGCCUCCAACGUAUUUUCGAAAGACAAUCAAACUAUCUAUUUCCUGAGCUCUAAUAAGUUGUUCAUGUAUCCCCUUAACUCUUGUACCUUAUACCAAAAUUGCGGAGAAUGUUUAUCGCUUAAAGCCCUUAAAGACCCUUUAAACUGCGGGUGGUGCAAAAAUAGUCGAUUGUUUCCUACUUCGAAUGAUGAGUGUACUACGAUUUAUGAAUGCAAAGGGAGUUGGAUUCAAUCUCAUUGCUCGCCUCGGAUUGACAAAUUAUAUCCUUUGUCUGGACCCGAGCAAGGUUUUACGCUGGUUACUUUAGAAGGUGAAAACUUUGGCAAUAUAAAGAGCUCUCAAAUUAAUGCCACUAUUGCAGGAAUACCAUGCGAAGUGAUCAGUCUCAGCAUGAAUAAAAUCAUUUUGAAAACUCCUCCCUAUAAUUCUCAUGUAAUGCAAACCACGUCGACCAAUUUGAGAAUUCACGUUGUUGACCGAACCUUACUUCAUUUCGAUUUCAAUAUUGAGGGAAGAGAUACUAGUCCUCCUUAUAUUUACAAGGUAAUUUCAAUUCAAGAUUAUUCUCCUAACUUUGGCAUAUUUUCCGGAUAUAAUGAAUUGAUAGUAAAAGGGCAAAAUUUAGACAUUGGAUCUAAUGCAACAAUUACUUUAGGACGGGACUUGCAUUGUUCUAUAUUAAAUCGCAGCUCCCACCAAAUCAUCUGCCGAUCCCUGCCUUAUACAUCAAUGGUUCAUAAUAAAGGCAUCAUUCAAUUAGCUACUCAACUUCGAGCCCUCUUAUUAGACGUUACUCUUAUGAUAGACGGAAUGUCUAUUACAUUAAACCCUCAAUUUUCGGUCAAACCUGAUCCAACUGUUGUUUCAGUCGAACCCAAGAGCAGUAUUAUGAGCGGAGGCUCUCUCAUUAAGCUCAAAUUCAAAGGGAUAGACCCUUCCCUUUCUUCAUCACUCUUCAAACACGUCAAAUUAUCAAUAACUAUUCCUAUUGAUUCUUUCCGAUCAUUCUUCCCUUUUAGUUCACUCGAUUUCCCUUUAUUUAAUCGAUCAUUACGUAAUACUGAGAUGCCCAUAUUAUUGGACCGAGAUCUGGAGUCUACUUGUCAAUCAACGGACCAAAAUUCCCAUCGAAUUCCGAUGCAUAUAUAUUCAUGUUCGGCUCCAAAUGUUAGCAGUUUCGCCGUCUCGCAAACUUUCGCCGAAAACGUGGGAAUCAAAAUGGUCGAUAAAAAAAUGACAGAAGCUAUUAAAAAAGACAAAAAUACUAUAUUGAUAACUGGAAAAAUCAAUAUUAGUUUAUUUGGCAAAGAAAUUUAUAUGGAUGAUUAUUACGUCUACGUGGAUCCGGUAUAUCAUGAGUUGCCUUCGGAUCCGCUUUACCUGAACCCGGAUAAGCAGCAACUCGAGAUCAAGGGGGUGCACAUAGAUUUGAUCCACACGAUCAGGGAUAUAAAAAUAAUGGUCGGUCCAGAGGAAUGUAAUAUCCUUAAAUUGACAUCCACUUACAUAUCGUGCAUUCCUCCGCGACUGCCUGAUAGUGAAAAAACGCCUAUAACUAAAUUAUCCGCUAAACACGAUAAAUUAUCUAAUCUCAAUCCUCGAUACAAAAAUGAUUCGAUGUACGGUAAAACGUAUUUUAGUUCGACUAUCAGUUCAAUUAAUAUUGGAAAUAAAGUGUACAAAAGAAGUCCCAAGGAUUUAUUAUUUCAUCAAGAAUUUACUAAAGAAGGUCUACCCAAAUACAAGGUUGUCGUCAAAGCAGGUCCUUUGAUAUUUCACUUAGGUUACGUGGCAUACUCCUCGCAACCUAUCAAAUCUAACUACGUUUGGGCCACACUGGCCGCUUUAUCGAUAUUGAUAUUUUUCUCUAUUUUCUUGAUCUUAGUUAUCUGGAAGAAAAAACGCAAUAAGAAAUUGAAAAAUCGGUAUUUAAUGCAUCAAGCCCUAGAGACUAUGCGGUACUCUGAAGCGAAUGGGAGAUGUGAUUCUCGUAAUUUUGACAGCGCUUAUCAAUCAACGCCGGCCAAUAAUAUCAAUCAUUAUGAUCGGCCGUUAUCCCCCAUGCUUCUAGCAUUUCCAAAUGAUUCAAAUAAUAGAGACAUUAUUCAAAAUCAUCAGCUUGAGCGAGAAAACCUUUUGGAUUCAGAAACGAUACAAUUACUGUCGGAUCAUAAAUCUUUCAUGAUACCUUCUAAAUGCAUAAUACUGGGCCCACUAAUAGGAAGCGGCAACUUUGGCAGAGUUUUUAGGGCUAAAUAUUGCGACAAGGAGGUAAAUCAUUUAGAUAAGGAAAUUGAAGGAAACCUUAGGAAAGAAUCGCAGGAAAGAAGCUAUGGUGAAAUCGUGGUGGCUGUUAAAACGCUUAAUACUACUAUCCUAAAUCAAGAAUCACUCCGCGCCUUCCUGCAUGAAGGUCUUAGGAUGAAAGAAUUCAAUCACCCACACGUUAUGUCUCUCAUAGGUAUAAGUUGGUCUCCGACUCACACCCCCUUAGUUAUUUUACCCUUUAUGCCUAACGGCGAUUUGCUUACCCAUCUUAGAAAUCCUAACGUGCAACCUACUCUUGGAAAUUUGUUGGAUUGGGGCAAAGAGAUAGCUAGCGCUAUGCAAUAUUUGGCCAGUCUUAAAUUUGUACACAGGGAUUUGGCGGCGAGAAAUUGCAUGCUGGAUGACCAAUACCACGCCAUUGUAUCCGAUUUUGGAUUAUCUCGAGACAUUUACGAAAAAGAUUAUUAUUCCAGUUCUAACAAAAACAUCAAGUUACCUAUAAAAUGGAUGGCCUUAGAAAGCCUUCAAAAAAAUGUUUAUAAUUGCAAGACCGAUGUGUGGUCAUUCGGAAUUGUUUUGUGGGAAUUGAUGACGAGAGGCGUUAAUCCUUACCCAGACGUGGAUAAUUGGGAUAUAAUAAAUUACUUGGUUUCUGGUAGGAGAUUAAUUCAACCUUUGUAUUGUCCGGAUGCGUUAUAUCGCAUAAUGCUAUCCUGCUGGUCUAAAAAUUCCGACGAUCGUCCCGAUUUUUCUGAACUGUUUACGUUAACCGAAAAUGUCAUAAACGAGUUGGCUCAAGAACGUAAAAAUACUGUCUACGAAUAUGAUACGGUAUUUUAUUACAAUAACCGCACGAUGACGAACAAUUUCGCAGAUCCGGACGAAAGUCAUAAACUUAAAAAUCAUUUAAACGAUAGAAGAGAUAAAACUCUCACUGAUUUGAAGAAUGGACAAAUCGCUCAUCUAACCGAUACAGUUGAGAGAAAUCUAGGAGAAAAUUUUCAAAAGAAUAGGCCUAACAAAAAUGAAGAUGAAAUAAGCAUAUACAGCGGAACAUAUCUAAAUUAACAAUAUAUUUAUAAUGUAUUAUUUCUAUUGAAUUAAAUAUUUAGAACGAAAUUUUUUUUAAAGCUUUGUAAAUUUUUUUUAGAUGACCAUUUUUAAAAUCAAAUUUAUAAUUUUUUAAAAAAUAUUUUUAUA